AAAAUCAAAAAUCAACUAAAAAAUAAGCGCAAAAGCAAACGCAACCAAAUACAAUCAAACAAAACCAAAUUCAAAACUUGCCGAGAAAGCGUGCCGCCUCCGCCGCCUGACAAGGAAAAAUAUCUACAACACUAGGCUUUUGCUAAGAAACUAUUACUACACACAUACAUCUGCAAAUUAGCGGAAUUAGCGUGUAUCUGUGCUCCUUCUGCGAACUUGCGACUGAUUUGGCUUAUCAGCAGCAGCAGCAACAGCGGCGCCAGCUUAUCAGCCUGAUUCCUCAGAUUAUUGCGAAAAAAUACCAAAACGCUGACUUAGCACGAGCGGUUUUAUUUUUACAACAAAUAGACAAACAAGUUAAACGUCUUGGCUGCUCUUUCGAUACCAUCCCUAGCGAAACUAAAUGAAGCCUGUGAGCGUAACUGUGCCAAAUACUACCACAACGCUGGAUCUUAGACGACGGCCACAAGAAUUUAGACAGCGCACUCUGCAGUCGCAAGUUUGAACACCUGAGCACCUGCCUCCUGCUGCUGUUUCAUCGAACGCUCUACGCUCUGCUCUCAAGCAACUUUGCUGGCAACGCAACGCAACGCUACAGACACUGCAAGUCACUGUCUGUCUGUCUGCGUGUGUAUUUUAAAUUCGAGUGCGGCAAAGGAUUCAUUAAAAAACCGCCAACCUGGAACUAAUGGAAUUAGAGAAUAUUGUGGCCAAUACGGUCUACUUGAAAGCAAGAGAAGGUGGCUCGGAUAGCAAUAAAGGAAAGAGUAAAAAAUGGCGCAAAAUCUUACAAUUUCCACACAUAUCGCAGUGCAUCCACCUGAAAGACAAAUUAGAUAUAAGCUAUGGCUACGUGAUAGACCAACAGCCUAUUGGUCGUGAGCUUUUUCGCCAGUUCUGUGAGAACAAGCGGCCCGUUUACUUUCGCUACAUUAGCUUUCUGGAUCAGGUGGUCAAAUAUGAGAUUGAGUUUAUUGUGAAUCGCAUAUUCAUUGGUCAUGAUAUUGGUCGACGUUUCCUGAACAUUGAGCCGCCGCAUGAGCUGCGCAAUGGUGACGGCAAUGAGGAUGACGACGGUCUGGAUGCGGAGACGCGAGAAGAACUGCUGCUCAACUGCAGCAAUGCCAAUCCAAUUGAAACAGCUGAGACUGAACAUUGCAACAAUACCACCGCCAACAAUUGCAACAACAUCAACAAUAGCAAUCACAAGAGGCUACAGCAGCAGCAGCAGCAGCUGCCGUCACACGACAGCUCCCACCACAACCACAAUGGCGAGAAUGCGCCCAUGGCGCUCAACGGUGCUGGCGAUGGUGAUGAGGGCGUUGAAUGCGAAGACAGCCAGGACGCAGCUGCUGAUAAGGGCGGCGGCGGCGGUGGCGGCGGCGACGGAGUAGUCACUGCUAUGGGUUCGGGCUCUCGCAUAGGCUUUGGCACUGAUGAACUGGUGCUGGAUGUGCUCAACGAUGAUCUCAUUGCACAAGUGCGCAACAAACUGAACAGCGGCGGCAAGGACAUAUUUGCCCACUGUAUGAAGGCUGUCAAGGCAUUCCUCGCAGGCGAACCGUUCCGAGAGUUUGAAAACUCCAUGUACUUUCAUCGCUAUUUGCAGUGGAAAUGGCUGGAGGACCAGCCCAUCACAUACAAAACAUUUCGCAUGUACCGGGUGCUCGGCAAGGGUGGCUUCGGCGAGGUCUGCGCCUGUCAGGUGCGUGCCACUGGUAAAAUGUAUGCGUGCAAAAAGCUGGAGAAGAAGCGCAUAAAAAAACGCAAGGGCGAGUCUAUGGUGCUCAUCGAGAAGCAGAUACUGCAAAAAAUCAACUCGCCCUUUGUUGUCAAUCUGGCCUAUGCAUACGAGACAAAGGAUGCACUCUGCCUGGUGCUGACCAUAAUGAACGGUGGCGACUUGAAAUUCCAUAUUUAUAAUAUGGGCGGCGAUCCAGGCUUUGAGCUCGAGCGCGCUCGCUUCUAUGCGGCGGAGGUGGCCUGCGGACUGAGCCAUUUGCACAAACAGGGCAUUGUCUAUAGAGACUGCAAGCCGGAGAAUAUACUGCUGGAUGAUCACGGUCAUGUGCGCAUCUCGGAUCUGGGACUGGCUGUGGAAAUACCAGAGGGUGACAUGGUGCGCGGACGCGUCGGCACCGUGGGUUACAUGGCGCCGGAGGUGAUUGAUAAUGAGAAGUACGCUUUCUCGCCGGAUUGGUUUAGCUUUGGCUGUCUGCUCUACGAAAUGAUCGAGGGUCAGGCACCAUUCCGCAUGCGCAAGGAGAAAGUGAAGCGCGAGGAGGUGGACAGACGUGUUAAGGAAGAUGCCGAAAAGUAUUCGAGCAAGUUUAGUGAUGAAGCCAAAUCAAUGUGCCAACAGCUAUUAGCUAAAUCAAUAAAGCAGCGACUGGGCUGCCGCAACGGACGCAUGGGUGCACAGGAUGUGAUGGCGCAUCCAUUUUUCCAGUCGACGCAACUCAACUGGCGCCGCUUGGAGGCCGGCAUGCUGGAGCCGCCCUUUGUGCCAGACCCGCACGCCGUUUACGCCAAAGAUGUGCUCGAUAUUGAACAAUUCUCAACGGUGAAGGGUGUCAAUAUCGAUGAGUCAGAUACCAAUUUCUAUACGAAAUUCAAUACGGGUUCCGUUUCGAUUUCAUGGCAAAACGAAAUGAUGGAAACGGAAUGCUUCCGCGAGUUGAACGUCUUUGGACCCGACGAGUGCCCAACGCCGGAUCUGCUAAUCAACGCCGUACCGGAACCGGAUAAGGCUGGCUGCUUUCCCUUCAGGCGCAAGAAGAAGCAGCCCGCCCGAACGCAGCCCAUACCCAUUCCUGAGCACCUGCUUACCACUAGUCACAGCGUGUCAUCUACGACGGUCGAGAGCUGAUAGCAUAAAAUCAUUGUUGAGCCGCCCACACCUCCGAGCACACACUCAUAGCAGACUUUCGAUAUGGUUGGCAAAGAGUACAAGGCGCUUAAUUGAAACUCAACGCAAUAUACGAACAACAAACAACAAAAUUAUGCGCAUCAUAUAAUUUUUGUAUUAAUUGUAUUUUAUGCAUGAAUUUUCCAAUGAAAAUAACUGAAUUGAAAAGUGCAAGCAACUGCGAAAACACACAUUUCAUAAAGACUCACACCCACACACGCACACACAUACAAUAUACACACACAUACAUACGUAGGCAUAAGUAAACACGCAUAAAAAUAAACAGCAGCACAAGUUAGGAUCGUUACUUAAUUUAUGGUAUAAUCAUUGCAUAGGAUAUUAUGCAAAUUAUACAGCUUCAAGGCAAAUACUACACUAUGAGAGUAAAACAUAAUUGAAAUAUAAAUAUAUACAUAUAUAGUAUAUACAUGCAUAUGUAUGGAAUAUGAGAAUAUAAGAAGCCGCAAGCCAAAUUGGCUAUCAGUUUGUCAUAGCACCUAAAGUAAUAUUACCUAUAAAUGCAAAUGCUAUUUUAUAUAUAUUUAACAUUAACCACUUAUUAAUAAAUUAAAUAAUGUGUAUACCUGCGCAAACUCACACGCACAUACAUACACACACACAACUACACAUAGGCGGCAAUCUAGAGGCAACGCCAGAGUAAACAAUGUAAUUAUUGUAAAGUAGUUUGUGCUCAACAUGUUUUUUACAAGGGAGCAACAAGAAACAAACAACAACAAUAUACUUUUAGUUAGCAUGUGUUUUAGGCUGUUAAGCAAGUGACAUGAAUACUCGACAACUUUAAUGCAUUUUUAAUGAAAUACCUAACAUACUUACAGACAUAUAGAUCUAUAUAAAAA